GCUCGGAAGUAAAAUCAAUGGAAAUAUCAAAUGGAACAGAAAUUCAACCUGUUACAACAAAUGGAAAUAGUCAAAACUGUAUAGAUAGAUUUGAUGAUGAUAUGGAUAAAGAACUUUUAUGUAAAAUUUCGGAAACUUUGGCCGAAUUUUAUGGUGGUGGAAGUAAAGUUGAUGAAAUAGGGGAACCACAAAAGAAAAGGCCUCGUUCGUGUGCAAAAGAAUAUAGCAUCAUCUCAAUUGAGGGUGAAAACCAAUUUCCCGAAAUAAAAAUUAGAGACUUUGCGUUUUCCACAGAUGAUCCUCGACAUUGGGGUCAAAGGAUUCCAUCAUCAUCAGAUGGGGAAGAAGAAGAUGAUGAGUAUACUAAUAGGCGUGCGCGUGCAUUAUAUGAUUUUGUGGCAGAAAAUCAAAACGAAUUAAGUUUUCAAGAAGGAGAUAUUCUUUUGAUACUAUAUCGUCAAUGUGAGGGUUGGUUAUUUGCGGAGUUAGAUGAAAAAACUGGGCUAAUACCUGACAAUUAUAUUUUGUUGUUAGAUGAUGAUAUAGAAGAAGAUGAAUAUGGUAAUUGGGCCGAAGAAGGAGAUAAUAAUGAAUGA